CGCGGCUCUUCACCCUCACCCUCCGCGUCUCCCGUCCUCCCUCUCUCGGCCAUCCCCCGCCUCGACCGCUCCAUCUCCACCGCCUCAUCCGCCUCCAGCGUCUCCGCGCAUUCUUCGACCUCCCGCACGUCCGAUGUCGCAGCCAGCCUCCGACGCCGCGGCUACAUGCGCCCCCAAGCGACCAACUUUGCCGAAUCCGCUAAGAAUCGGGAGAGCGUGAUGAGUUUAGGGUCGAUUGCGCAUCUGCAAUACUAUUUCGCGCGGACGGGAUUGUUGGAUGGCAAGGGGGCGCAGUUGGCGAAGUCGAGGAAGGGGUUGCCUGGCAGUGGGUCCUCCGACAAGUAUAGCCCGAGUGGCCAUCCCGAAUGGCAUGAUGGAAGUAUGGGAAGCGGUGUCAUUCACGACGAGCCACAGGGGUUUGACGAGGGCUCGAGCGAGCUGGAUACCCAACAGGAGCCCAUGAUGUUACCUCCGACUGUCAGCACGUACAACUAUCGGCAAGUAUACGUCGAGUCACCGCCGGGGCUACCGAUGCUCCGUCGGGAACUGACGGACGCGCUGGACGAAUCCAGCAAGGUACUCGAAGAUAUCAUCAGCGAGACGAGCACGAAGCACCAGAGCGUGGGAGAUCUCCUGGAUACCCCGUCCGGAUCCACCACGGCAGGGCAACGCGCCUCGUCGGCCGACGCACCCGGCUGGCAAGAGAUCCAAGGACUGCAUGUGCUGGAUGUGAUGACGUUGGCCAUCCGGGCCGGAAAGAACUACUACACCUUACACGAACACCCCCAGAAACUGUACGCGAUCAAAUCAGAGCGGGAAAUCCGCGGGGAAUUGUACCAGGUCUUGGACGUGCUGAAGCGCAUGGCGGCACGGAACUUCGCCGGUGGGAUCCGCAUCCUGGAAGUCGCGGCGAUGCAAACGUGGAUCGGCACCGUCGCUGACAUGCUCGACCAAGAGCUCGCCCAAGAGCGACGCGAUCAAGAAGAGCGCGAUGGCUGGAAGUGGCGGCACGGCGACUGGACGGGCCGCGAACGCGAUCGCGAAUGGCAUUUCAUCCGCUCCUUCGACCCCGCAACCGAAGAGUUACCCGUCUGGACCGACCCCGCGACCGCGGACGCGCUGCCGACGCCCUUUCUCCGGGCAGUCCAGGACGGGGUGCGCCUGGUACGGCUGCACAACGCGCUGGUGCAGAAAUCGAAACGGCACUUCGAGGAGAUCAAGACGUAUCACACGGACACUAACAAGCCGUAUCGAUGCGCGGACAACCUGAAGUACUGGCGCAAGGCGGCGGAGUUGCGGUGGGAGGCGAAGUUGGAGUUCAACGCGCUGGAUGUGGUGCAGAAUAGCAACCCGGCGGCGUGGAGGCAGUUCGAUGAUGCGUUGAUGAAGUGGUGUCGUGCGGUGCGGGCGGAGAUCACGAUGGAAUGG